GUUGAAAGAACAAGCGAGCGUCAUCGCGCAGCGUUCAAUAGUUGAAUAGAGCCGAUUUCCUUUAAGAGAAACGUGGCGUCGAUUGGAGCAGUCUGCAUACCGUCAGCGCCUGUAUUGUUUUAGAUAUAUUUUUUUUUGUGCUCCAUUCCAUAUGUGUUCAUUCUCGCAGUCUACAUCCGGCGCAUAUAAGGAUUGCGACUUCGUGUGUGUCACAAGGAAACAUCGUCAUGCUUCCGAGCUUUAAAACGACACUAGCCACAUUGUGUAUUUUCGCCCUUCUUCCAGCGGCGAUAUUCUACGUCUUCCAUUCGGACCAAGCAAGGAAAUCGGAGGAACGAGACAGAAUCAAUACAGCCUCUACUAGAGCCAUGAAUGCAACAAGGGAACAAAGUUCUAGGCUUAAAGGAGUCGCCAAGUCAUCGGCAUUAUCCGUAAGGCUUUCUCGUGCGAAUUCAAAUGGGACGACAGGGCAUCGCGCUGAUGAGGAUGAAGUCGAAUGCUUUCCGGAAGGUAGUGUGUCCAAAAGAAAGGACUCCACGUGUGUCUGCAAGAAGGGCUGGCACGGACGAAAGUGCUCCAUUCCUGACGCCGUGUGGUUUAGCGAAGGUUUUGGAGAGUGGUAUUCCCAGGGUCUUAUUCGACGGCGCUCGAGACCACGCAAGGUAAUCAAUGGCUUGGUCUUCAACCACGAAUUGGACUUGCUGGAAAUUCGCAUCAAAGAGCUCGGCGACGCUGUCGAUCAUUAUCUCGUCGUCGAAUCUACUUACACGUACUUCGGCUCAGAAAAGCCCCUGUACCUCAGAAACAACCUCAGCGCCGGAUUUCUGCGCGAGCAUAAGCACAAGAUUGUUCCGAUAGCUGUGGACUUCUACAACUAUGCCGAGGGCGAUCCGUGGGGUCCCGAAAACUACUUCCGCACGUCCGUCUGGUACGAAGGCCACCGUCGGCUAAAGAACAUUCGAGAUGACGACCUCUUCAUCAUGUCCGACGCCGACGAGAUUCCUAGCCGAGACGUGGUGUUAUUCUUGAAACAUCACGACGGUUUUGGCGAACCGAUGAAGCUGAGCCUGCGAUGGUUUACGUAUGGCUUCUACUGGGAGAACAGCCAGCCUGUUAACGUGAGUGGUGUGUGCACGGUAGCCUAUAUUCGAGAUGUCUAUGAAAACGACUCUCUACGUCUCCGUUCGAUGACAAUGUUUCUGCAGACUAACAUAUCGAACACGGGAACGUUCAGUGAGAUGUGGACCAUAGCGGGAACAUCGCCACGCUACGCUGGAUGGCAUUGCUCGUGGUGUUUCGACGUGGAAGGCAUUCAGAUGAAGGUAGCAGCGGCGCAGAGGGACGACUGAGUACGAUGGGGAGACAUUGCCGAAAAAACUGACAGCGCCUACAUCAACUCACUCAGGAAAAAAGACCUGCUCUUCGAUGGCAGCCCGGCGCUUACACCAUGUGACCCUAACGAAACGGCCCCUACGUACGUCAGGAAGAACGCUGAAAAAUUAUGUGUCUGAUGCGACCGUAGGACCGUAGUUUUACACAUAUAUAUUCUAUCACGUACAGAGCGUUGUGUUCCACAAACAAUAUCAUCGCGUAACAUUUAUCUGUCGCACACAAACAAUAUCAUCCUGCCGAAUCCCUCAAGAAAAUCUACAACGCGGAAGCUCUCGUUGCUGGGCAGGUAAAUUGUUAACCUGGCGUAAAUAACUGCAAGUCAGUUGAGCGUAACUUGGGUUUACCGAAUCAAACGAUGCCGUUUCCUUCUUGCUAUGUACCCUUCUUUGUUGUAUAUCUAUGCACACUCUGAUUUCACUAAGUAAUCACAGCGCCACUAUGUUGUAUGCUGCAGAAAUAAGGUGAACACUACCACCCAAGAUCUGGGGCCAUAUUUUUGUAUGCUUUCCGUUUUAGUUCUUACUGGUAUGGCGUAGUGAUAGAGUCGUUGAUGCAAUGAAGAAGGCACUGUGGCGUGCCAAAAAGAACUACGUUAUUUCUCUUCACCUAGGAAGCACUUUACAAAAAAAUCAUGUUUGUCUAAGUGCCACCUCUCAAUGAAAUUUCCUUUCCGAAGGUGUUCUUCCCACGAAAAUCUAGCGCCCACAAAUUUCGCGGGCUUCCUUUGUUAGCCAUAAAAAAGAAAAGCGAGCACGCAGUUAGUACGUUGUUGAAAAUAGCGCAGUUAGAUGUGAUUUGAACAUACCUACACAUGCAUCAUUCACGUUUUAAUUAUUAAAUGAGCAUUUGUCCUGUUAGAAACAUAAUUAGGACUAUUUAAGUAAGCCUCAUUGAAAAAAUAAUUAGUAGUGGCUACUACAGUAUACUGGGAAAAAUAUGCACCAGGUGUGCUUCGUGUAACGACGUUCCUCCUUUUUUAAAUCGUGCUGCGUGAUGUUUAGGGACACCCUGCAUAUGCGUGUUCAAAAUACUUAAUCUUCAGACUUCGUGUUUCUUAUUGACAUGUUGCCUAAAAACUUGUUUGCUUCGAUCAUUGAUGGAAAUAAUAAA